CGAACUAUUUGAGAAGACCUCAAUGGGCGGAGCGAAACAAAUAGUUUCACUUAAGCGAGUCCGGUGGAGGAAGAAAGAAGAGCUAAGGACAGGAUUUAGAGAAGAUCGAUUCACCACAGUCGGGCAGUUUGUGUGUCAAUGUUUUUACAGGUCCCUAUUGAAGAAGAAAAAUGAGACUUCGGUCUCAAAGAACCCUCCGGCUUAACGCCACGUCUGGCUCGGAGACGCCGCGGAGCAACGGCCGAAAACUCAUCAAAGCAACGCCGAGAAAACCUGUCUAUUUGGGCACCGAAUGCCCUCUUCAAACAAAGAAUAAAGAGGCCGUGGAUAGUGACAAUAGUAACCACUCCGAUGACGAAAUUCCCACCAUGACCAGACGUCCACUGCCCCGUGGCCGGUUAAGGAAGAGACUCGUUGCUGUUGAUCACAGAGAGACUGAUUUGGCAUUCAAAACUCCGACCAGGCCCAUCAUGCGACGUGAGCGCGUACUGUCGGAGAUCGACCCAGUGUCUCCUCACAAUACGACAUCCAGAAACAUCUACUCGCCCAUUGUGCGUUUCCUCACACCCACUAAAGAGAAUGUGACGCUUGCUGGAAACAACGUGUUGAUGAGCCCGGAACAAGGCGUGUUUGGUUUUGCUUCCAUUGACCUUCUAGUUGGAGAAGAGGAUGAAGACAUCUUCAAUCCCUUCAUGUUCAUCAAAAACAUACCGUCGCAUUCUCAGCACUCCCAGCCCCAACUCCGAGAUAUUCCCCCCAAGACCAGGAGCACCCCAGAGGCCACGUUGGUGAUUGACCUGGAGGAGACGCUGAUGUUCAGCUCUCUGAAUGUCAUCGAGCAAGCGGAGUACACUUUCCACACAGCAUUCCAGGACCACCAGUACAAGGUGUACAUGAUCCUACGGCCACAUGUCAAAGAGUUCCUGCAGUCCAUGGCAAAAGUCUAUGAGCUGUUUGUGUACACGUGUGCAAAGAAGGAAUAUGCAGAGAAGAUACUGGAUAUCCUGGAUCCCCAGAAAAAACUCUUUCGACAUCGCCUGUAUCAGGACGACUGCGCCUGCGUUCUUGGCCACUACAUCAAAGAUCUCAGCAUCCUCGGGAGGGAUCUUGCCCAGACGGUUGUCCUGGACAACGCACCCCACACAUACCCGUACCAUCUGAUGAACACCAUUCCAAUCAAGAGCUGGUCUGGUGAGUCGGAGGACCGAGAACUCCAGAAGCUCGUCCCCUACAUGGAGAAGCUGUCCGCAGCGGAGGAUUUUCGGGAGGAGCUUAAGAAGAGGAAGGAUCACUUCCACAGGCUGCUGUCAGAGGACUAACGGAACCCCCUCCCCCCUCCUCAACCCCUCUAUGCUUCCUCGCUUUAACUACUUCAUAACUUUCAUAGCUUGCGUUUUCCUUCCUUUUGCUUUGGCCAAAAUCAGCGUCUAGUGAGAACUAGCUAACCGUUGGUGGCGGACCUGCUGUCCCUCCUUUCUCUUAGAUCGUCUUCAAAAGACGACACCUCGGUAUUUUAAACCUAUUGCCGUUACCAAAACCCAUUUCCUCCAAGAGUCGUCACACAGGUUAAAAAAAAAAACGUGGCCCAGGG